CCGUGAGCAGCGACCGCAACAACAACACAAAAGAAAAUGAGCGUAACAACGUUCAAGUUGACACUACUGACAACAUGACAGUGUCAGCAGAUAUUGAGAGACUUCCCGUCAGCAGGGGGAACGCAUUGCAGAAAUUUACUGACUUCAUGGACGAUAACAUUCAGUUGUUCAGGACCAGUAUCACAGUAACUGCAGCUGUUGGCGUCGUGUUAGUUGCACGUAGUAUUCGAGUGUUUCAAAGAUUCCAAAAAGUGUCGGACAUACCAGAAGAAUUCAUUCAAAAAAAUAUGAAACUUUUUGGUCACUUUGUAAAAGUUCAACAAAAUCCGGUCCACUUAAUUGUUGAACACAAACCAAUCUUGGACUUCAGGCUGCUAUCAAGAUGGCAAAGAAAACGGAAUGAUACGUGCAAAGGUCUUCCAAUACAUCUCGCUGGAGUUCAACUUCAAGAUGGAAGUGCAGAGUUUCUUGAAGAAAAGCUAAAGAAGAAUCCUUCAUUACGUUUCCACAUGCUGUACGUAGACCACUUCAACAGUCUGCAAUGCAUUAUUGAACUCACAAGAUGGAAGUUUCCUUGGAGGAGUGGCUCCCUCAACGAGGAACUCCUCAGGGAGGGUCUUGCUAAAGUUACGCCUCUCAGCGGAGUACAGAACCAGACCGUACGCACCAGACUCGUCCAGAAAUUCCUCGUCGCUGAAAUUCAAGCUCAGAAAAGGUCCCGAGGUUUGUGGAUGGAGGAGCGUUCCAUUGCCAGAAAGGAGGCUUUGAAAGUUGCGUCAAAUCGCGUCAAGGAGAGACUACGGAUGGGAUGGAGUGCUUUAAUAAGGAUGUUUUCGAACCCAGGAAGAUUAGGCAGAUGGAUGCAAGAAGUAGUCCGAGGAGUUGGCAAGAAGAAGCGAUGAUCAACGACACUGCAUGCUGUUUGUCCUUCUAAAGGUCAAUCAAAGGUCAUUCUGCAGUGCGAGCGUCGUCAUUACAUCAUAACAUGAUCUCAUGCCGAUCUUUGGAAUCUAAGUCAAGAAGGGAAUGCUGACUAUAUAGGAGAGCGACCCAAAUCGGAAGAAAAGAAGAACGUCUGAUUCCCACAUGGACAUCCACAUCUGAUUCCCACAUGGAAAUCCAUAUCUGACUCCAACAUGGACAUCCAUAUCUGAUUCCUACAUGGACAGCCACAUCUGAUUCCUACACGGACAGCCACAUCUGAUUCCUACACGGACAGCAACAUCUAGUUCUUUCAUGGACAGUAAAGCUGGUUCUUACAUGGGCAGCAACGUCUGAUUCCGAAAUAGACAGCAACUUAUGAUUCCUACAUGGGUACUUUUUUUUUACCCGGACUGGACACUCUUAGUUAUUACUCAAAAACUAACUUGGUAACUUAAUGAGCA